GAGCGCGCGAGUGUCAAUGUGCUUGUCCUUCACUUCUCCAUUGUCUGGGACUGCUGCAGCUGCCGCCUCUUUGCUUCUCCUCUUUAGAUAAGCGCCCCUUUCACGAGAGAGAAAUUUUAUGAAUAAGCAUCAGAAGCCGGUGCUAACAGGCCAACGGUUCAAAACAAGGAAGAGGGAUGAAAAGGAGAAAUUUGAACCCACCGUCUUCCGGGAUACAAUUGUUCAAGGUCUUAAUGAAGCUGGUGAUGAUCUGGAAGCUGUAGCCAAGUUUUUGGAUGCAACAGGCUCAAGGCUAGAUUAUCGUCGCUAUGCCGACACUCUCUUUGACAUCUUGAUAGCUGGCAGCAUGCUGGCCCCAGGAGGGACAAGAAUAGAUGAUAAUGAUAAGAGCAAAAUGACCAAUCACUGUGUGUUUUCUGCAGAUGAAGAUCAUGAUGCCCUCCGACAUUAUGCGCAGGUCUUCAAUAAACUCAUCAGGAGAUAUAAAUAUUUGGAAAAGGCUUUUGAAGAUGAAAUUAAAAAGCUCCUGUUAUUCCUUAAAGCCUUUUCUGAAACAGAGCAGACAAAACUGGCAAUGCUCACUGGAAUCUUGCUAGCCAAUGGGACGCUUCCUGCUACCAUUUUAACAAGCCUUUUCACUGACAACAUUGUCAAAGAAGGUAUUGCAGCUUCUUUCGCUGUCAAACUUUUUAAAGCAUGGAUGCUGGAGAAAGAUGCCAAUUCAGUUACCUCCUCUUUAAGAAAAGCUAAUUUAGACAAGAGGUUGCUAGAAUUGUUUCCAGCCAACCGUCAGAAUGUGGAGCACUUUGCCAAGUAUUUCACUGAUGCUGGCCUAAAAGAGCUCUCAGAUUUCCUCCGAGUCCAGCAGUCACUGGGGACUCGGAAAGAGCUACAAAAAGAACUCCAGGAGCGUCUUUCUCAGGAAUGCCCAAUCAAAGAGAUGGUGCUGUAUGUAAAAGAAGAAAUGAAGAGAAAUGAUCUGCCAGAGCCAGCUGUGAUUGGACUCCUGUGGACUUGUAUAAUGAAUGCUGUUGAAUGGAACAAGAAGGAAGAGCUUGUUGCAGAACAAGCACUUAAACAUCUGAAGCAAUAUGCACCAUUACUGGCUGUGUUUAGCACCCAAGGCCAGUCAGAGCUGAUCCUUCUCCAGAAGGUCCAGGAGUACUGUUACGAUAACAUCCAUUUUAUGAAAGCCUUUCAGAAGAUUGUGGUGCUCUUUUAUAAAGCCGAUGUCCUAAGUGAAGAAGCCAUCCUUAAAUGGUACAAAGAAGCACAUCUUGCAAAAGGCAAAAGUGUGUUUCUUGACCAGAUGAAGAAGUUUGUUGAGUGGCUACAGAACGCCGAAGAAGAAUCUGAAUCUGAAGGUGAUGAAAAUCAAGAUGGCUGAACAAAGCACAAAACAUACAAGCUAUGGCUGACUGCUUCUUGGGCAAUUUUGUACUGCUCAAGCAAAAGACAUUUUCGUCAGUGUCAUACUGAAAAUUCUAGGCUAGGCUUUCCUUUUGUUUAGAAGAAUAAGAUAUUGGAGUCCUGAGACAUUAGAUGCUGUACUUAAGACUCUUCAUCUGGCACGCUUUAUGCUAAAGUAGGCAGAGGCCUCAUUCAGCAAGGAGACAUAUAGGGAAACUGAAAUAAAAUACUUAAGGACUCCUUUUUAUUAGUAUCUUUUCAGGUACUUUGGUGUCUCUUCAUAGGGUUGUUUGAUCUGUGCGUGUAGCUCAAUAUUUGCUUGUGUAUGUGAUUUGACAUCACCACAUUUUUUGGAAUUAAAUGGCUUUUAUAUCUUCA